AGUCUCACUUUCUACAUAAUCCCAUGCCAUGCUGCUCUUUUCACUGCACUCGGUCUCUCCUCAGCUCCCACGCUCACUUCUUCCCCAUGGAAACCUUUAGAAGAUCUCCGUUGAAGCCUUGGAAGAAAGGUCCAAUCAGAGGCAAAGGCGGUCCUCUGAAUGCCUCCUGCCAAUACCGGGGAGACCCGCAACGGACUUGGGAAAAAUGGGUGGCAGAAAUCAGGGAACCCGAGAAAAGAACCAGACUCUGGCUUGGUUCUUUUGCUACUGCAGAGGAAGCUGCCAUGGCUUAUGAUGAGGCUGCAAGGAGACUCUAUGGACCUGAUGGUUACCUCAGUCUCCCCCACCUUCAACCCAACUCAAAUUCUCAUCCUCCAAACAGAUUCAAAUGGAUUCCUUCAAAGAACUUCAUCUCCAUGUUUCCUUCUUGUGGCCUUCUCAAUAUCAAUGCCCAACCUAGUGUUCAUACUGAGGAACCACAGAUUGAUCUAAAUGAGUUUCUUCAGCAGCUUGGAAUAGUGAGAGAGGAAAAGCCGUCACAAACAGAAGGAAUAGCCUUCACAGAGAAGAGUUUCAACUGGGAUGCUGUGAUAGAGCUGAAUGGAAUUGGAGCAGAUCAACAAGGAGCCAAUCACAGCUUCCAUGUUCAUGAUAUUCAAGAGGAGCUAACCUGGCCUACAUCCAUUGGGAACUUCUAAAAUUAGUAAUAAAUAGAUCUCUUGAUCUUUAGUUAAGUUAGGUACUAUGAUGUUUAGCAGUAGUGCAGGUUGCAUUGCCACAUCAAGAUGGCAUUUUUAUCCAUUUCUGUAAACUUAUUAAUGGGACAGGGUAGGAUAUUGCUACUAACCACCAGUAAUCAAACUUCUAAAAGUAG